AUGGAACUAUUACCAGAAACCAAGAAAACUAAGAUCUUGGAGGCUGAAGUAAGGUUAUUAUGGCCUAAGGAUAACAUGGAAUUUAUGACUGUGGAUUCUGAGGGUGCAACUGGGGGAUUACUUUGUGUGUGGGACCCAGGGGUGUUUCAGAUAGCACAGUGUUGUAGCAGCAGGAGGUUCAUAUUGCUCUCAGGUACCUUUUUUAAUUCUUUUGAGUAUGCAAUUGUAAAUGUUUAUGCACCUAAUGAAGUGAGGUUAAGAAACAAGCUCUGGAAUAGCUUUGUCAAAUUAAAGAAGGAUUUUCCUAAACUUUGGUGCUUGGGUGGGGAUUUUAAUGAAAUAAGGAACAUUUGUGAAAGGAAAGGGUGCUCUAGAAGAGACAAGGGGAUGAGGGAGUUUAAUGAGUUCAUUGAAAGUUGUGAAGUGUCUGACAUGCCAUUGAGUGGUAAAAAGUUUACAUGGUGUAACUCAAGAGAAGGUGAAAAGUGGAGUCGAAUUGAUAGAGUAUUAGUAGAUCCGAAGUGGCUUGAGGUAUUUAACUUGAAGUUGUGGGGUUUGCCUAGGCUACUCUCUGAUCAUAGUCCUCUCCUAGUGAAGGAGGAUGGUCGGGACUGGGGGCCCAAACCUUUUAGGGUACAAAAUGUUUGGUUCCUUCAUAAAGCCUUCAAAGCUUUCUGGGAGAGCUGCUGGAAGGAGGCUAAUAUAGUGGGUUGGGCUAGCUUUAUGCUCCUACAAAGGCUAAGAACUUUGAAAGUUGGUCUUAAAAAAUGGAAUGUAGAGGUGUUUGGGAAUAUAAUCACUAACCUAGAAGCAGCAGAAGCUGACCUGCAUAAGUUAGAUCUUGUUGCUAAGGUUAGAAAGCUUGAUAAUGCAGAAAAAGCAAAAAGAAAGGAGGUUAGGGAAGAGGUGUGA